GGGUGUGGGGAAGCGCCUCUCCGGGUCCCGGAGAAGAGGCUCCGCGCGGCCUCGCUCUCCUCUUCGCCGGCGCAAAACUCCCGUCCCGUGGCAGCGCGCUCCUCUGUUCGCCGCCAGCCCGUCCCAGUGUCAGGUGGUCGCGCGCCGCCGCCCGCUGAACGCCGCCGAAAAGAUCUCUCCCGCUCUGCGCGCGCGCGCGCCUGCCCUCCUUCGGCUGGAGAGAUCCUCCCUCCACCCCUGCUAUCGCAGAGCGCUGUCCCGUUCGUCGCACCGGCCCGGACCGACCAACGUCCAGAGGGACCAGUUCGUAUAAGCGAGCGCGGCGGCUGUGGUUUGAGCCUGCAGCGAGUGGUUCUAGUUCGUCGUCAUCGGGUGAAGUGCGCGGCGUGCGAGCGGGUGCUUUUUCGGUUGUGAGACCCCGAGAUUGACCUCCAGGUCGGCAUCUGUCCACUAGAGAGAGGUACUACGCUGCGAUGUAGUGUGGUGUUCCGGGAAAGUGCGAGGUAAAGCCCGGUGGACCGCCGCUUUCUCGUUGCGAGAGAGCGCGCCCCGAAGAACGUGCUGAUGCUUCGGAAGACGUCCCGGAUGGGUCGGCACCGCCACCGGACACCGGCGCUAUGGGCAGCGAUCGCGGUAAUCUUCUGGUCCUGCGGCUUAGCGCACUUGGAGGAAUCUCCAAAUCCAGAAGAUGAAGACCCUAGCACAGACCCCAGCAUUGUGGACGUCGAUGGUUGGGGUCCCUGGGGCCCGUGGAGCUCGUGUUCGCGGACGUGUGACGGAGGAGUGAGCAGCCGGUCCCGGCGAUGCCUAGCCCGCGGCGGGUGCGUGGGAGAUGCCACCAGGACGCGCAUCUGCAACAUGCAGCCGUGCCCCGAGCCCGUGGACUUCCGGGCGGCGCAGUGCGCGGCCUUUGACCGGGUCCCGUACCGCGGCCGCCUGUACGAGUGGACGCCCGUGCAGGACCCGAGCGACCCGUGCAGCCUGACUUGCCAGGCGCGCCAGUUCAAGUUCAUGGCCAAGCUGGCGCCCCGGGCCCAGGACGGCACGCGCUGCCGCGAGGGAGCGCUCGACAUGUGCGUCCAGGGAAAGUGCCUCCCCGUGGGCUGUGACCUGGAGCUGGGCUCACUGGCCGAGGUCGACGAGUGCGGCAUCUGCGGAGGCAACGGAACAUCCUGCAGGGCACCCAUCUUCGCUUGGGCCGAGGCGCCGUUCUCGCCUUGCUCGGCAACCUGCGGCGGAGGCUACCAGGAGAGCCACCCAGUGUGCACGUCGUCGGACACGGGCGCCGAAGUGGACGACCGGCUCUGCGACGUGGACUCCCGGCCUGACUCCAGGGUCCGAGCGUGCGGAAACAACCCCUGCCCACCAGGGUGGGAAAUGGGCGAAUGGAGCGAGUGCAGCGCCUCUUGCGGCGGAGGCCGGCAGGCGCGCAACGUGUCCUGUGUGCGUCCCUCAGCGAUGCCCGGUGCGGCCACGGCGGCUGUGGCCGAGCACUUCUGCCCCGGACAGAGGCCGGUCGACACGAGGCCCUGCAAUGCGCACCCCUGCUCGCGUUGGACCGAGGGCCAGUGGUCACAGUGCUCGGCUACGUGUGGCGUGGGCACGCAGACACGGGCGGUGGAGUGCCGUGACAUUCGUGGCCGUAAGAGCCACCUAUGCGACCCCAAGAGACGGCCGCGGUCCAAGCAGCAGUGCUCGUCGGGAAACCCGUGCUUCUUCAAGGGAAAAGAAUUCGGAUCUCAAGAGGAUGCUCCUCCUCAAGGGUUCGCACCUUUCAACGCACCCUCCAAACCCCAGCAUCACCAGCAUCAGUCAUCGGAACCAAGCUUCAUCGUCGGGGACUGGGGAUCCUGCAGCGUCACGUGCGGCGAUGGCGUCCAGAAGCGAUCCGUGGAAUGCAAGAUCUUCCUCGAGUUCUCCCGCACGAUGGCGAAGCUGCCCGACAAGGAGUGCACCGGCAUCCGUCCAGCGGAGAUGCAGCGCUGCACGAUGCGUCCCUGCGCCUUGGACCAGAACCGCGGCGACUCCGAGGAGGAGGAAGAGGUCGACGAGGAGGGCGACGGCGCUGAUGGCUUGGGCGCCGAGAGCAAACCGGACUCGCCGUACUCGUGGCGCUCGGCGGGACACACGCCCUGCUCGGCCUCCUGUCUGGGAGGAAUCCGCGAAUCCUUGGUGGAAUGUGUGCGCAACGCGGAUGGCCAGCCGGUGAGCUACAUCAUGUGCGACAUAAAAGAAAAACCAGAGACCAUCACAGAGACGUGCAACAACAUGCCGUGCCCUCCGAGGUGGAACACGUCCGACUUCACGCCGUGCACCAAGCCCUGCGGCGGUGGGUCGCAGUGGCGCAGCGUGCAGUGUGUGCACGAGGUCACCAGAGGCGUGGGGAACACACUCGUCGUCCACGAGAGCCACUGCCCGGAUCCCAGGCCUCAGGAACGACGAAUGUGCAACCUGGUCGACUGCGUGGCUCGAUGGAAACCGGACAAGUGGACUAAGUGCUCCAAGACCUGCGACGGCGGCGUGAAGACUCGCAAGAUCCGCUGCCAGAGGGAGCUAGCGUACGGUAGCGUGGCCGAACUGCCGCCGUCCAAGUGUGCAUCGAGGCGCAAGCCCCGCGCCGUCAAACCCUGCAACUCCAAGCCCUGCCGAGGAGUCAAGGGUUCCGUGCAGGGAGGACCCGAGAGAAAGGUAUCCCUGACAGCCGAAGGAGCAGCAUCCGUGUACAGGGGAACGACGCUCAAGAUGCGUUGUCCAGGUGUCGUCGUCAAUGCUUCCACCGACGUCAGCCGAGUGAAGUGGCUCAAGGACGGCGCGCCCGUGAAGGCAUCCUCGCGUCGCAUCGCCGUCUCAAGGAAGGGGGCGCUGCGGAUUCGCAAGAUGGACUUCGACGACUCGGGCGUCUACGUCUGCUCGACGGGGACCACCACGGGGCAGCUUAUACUCUCCGUGAAGCCGCUCGCGUCGGAGUCUCCGGCGAAUGGUGUGGACCAAGAGACAUACAGUACAAAAGACCUGCGAGGAAUUGGCGCGAAGCGCCCAAAAGGAGUCGACUUACCCGCCUAUAUCAAUGGUGUCGAUGACGCCAAGAACAAGAAGGGACCCAAGGACCGCGACGGCCGGGUGAUCCACGAGGUCAAGGGUACGCUCGAGGACCCGACGGCGCGGUCGGGAGCGGCGAGCCACCACGGAGGCGCCACCAUCCCUAGCAUCCAGACGCUGCUCUCGGACUUCCACAAGAGGCUGGGCGGAGGCAGCCACCAAGCGAAGCCCGAAACCCUGGCAUCGGAGGACGACGACGACGCCCUGAUGCACAACAGCUACGUCCUUGGUCGGGGCAAUGCGGACAGCCUGCAGUUCGAGUGGGAGACCACGCCUUGGUCCCUCUGCUCCCAAACGUGCGGAGGAGGUGGACUACAGGUACGUGUGGCACAAUGCAUGGUUCGCCUGCACAACGUAUCGCAGACCGUGGACAACACGCUGUGCGUGGACGCCGGCAUGGAGGCGCCGCUGAUAAUCCAGAGCUGCGGCAUCGACAGCUGUCCGCGUUGGGUAGCGGGCCCCUGGACGGAUUGCACGAAGGGCCACUGCCUGGGCCUCAGCCGUGCAGUCCAAGAGCGGCCGGUGAGCUGUCGACUGGCCAACGACACCAUCGUAGAGGACAAGCACUGCGAUAUCUCAAUUAGGCCUCAGGAUCAGCAGGAGUGCUUCAGCGAACUCUGCAGAGGCGUCUGGAAGGUCGGCGAGUGGUCGGAGUGCACAGCGACAUGCGGAGAGAGUGGUUUCCGCACGCGUAUUCUGCGCUGCGUGUGGUACGGCACAGACAAGCCUGCCGGAGACUCGUGUCGGAGUCACGACCGACCCGAAGUGCUCCAAGGAUGCAAGGCUCAGCCGUGCGAUGCAGCUAGGCAAAACUGCGAAGACCACUCACGCAACUGCCAAAUGAUCCGCCAGUUUCGCAUGUGUCACAUGAAGAACUACCACUGAUCUCUGCUGCGCCACCUGCGAACGCAGCUAGAAACUUCUUCUUCAGGUUCCGCCUUUGGACGGCUGCCGCGCUUCGAUGCCGGCUCCGCCAGCACCUUGGCCUUGUCGAAGCAGUUGGCCAAAGCGUCGCUGUCCAUCACCGCUUGGUCAACCACCGAGACCGACCGCAGUGGCACUAUCGUCGUCGUCGUCGUCGCGUUUAUGUUUGUCCCUCCAGCUGCCGCCGACAGAUGAUGACACUGGCUGAGAUGUAGCGUCCCGUGACGAUGUUUCGUGGAAAGCUUCCCCCAGUGUGUGUUCCGUGAGAGAAGUUAAGAUGUGGUGUGGCGAGAUAAAGGCGCCGCAGGUUUCAGAACGCGUUUGAAGCAGCGCGCGUUAUAGCGAUGGCUGCGCGAUUUCAUCUGUUGCGUAGAGAAGUUUUGUUCCGCUUUCGUGGCCGGUUUACGGCGGAUGCGGUGGUGACGGGAUGCCCGAAACGAUGUUGACAGCUGGGCUGCCAUUCCCGUCUGUCGAGCCGUCACCGUCUCCGGGCGAAUCAGCCGAAGGAGAGAUUCUACGGCACAGUGCAGCACCCUGCUGUAGACAGUCACAUCUUUCGCACUGAGUAAGUGUAAUGUUGUUCACCUUGUAGCAAUGUUAUAGUCUCAAGCUGAAGAAGAAAAUGCCGCUGAAAACGAGUAACUAAAUCUUUAAGGGUGCUUGUUAGGGCUAUUACGCUGACAUAUUCAGGUAAAUGGGGUGUAGUCGAGUGUCAGAUCCGUCAGCCCCUUCGGGAAGAAUUCGGUACCUAGGCGUACUCGAGUAGCCGAAAUCUUGCAGGCGUUGGCUUUAAAUAGGCUUUUUCUUUAUUUUUAUUUUGUCGGUGGUUUUGUUUUGGUGUGCAAAUUCUAAGGUCACGCGCGAAUUCCAAGGUAACUAGAUCAUCUAGACGUGACUGCCUGUUUCUCUGAAUAAUAUGAGAAGCACCGAAGCAGCCGAACUUUCCCCGUUCGACUACAGACCUCUGAUACUCGUUUAAAGGCAGCAUGCGCACGGUCUCCUGGCGGAUGGCUGUACGUCGAAAGGAUGGGCGGGGCAAGCAAUCACGACAGCAAACUCGGAGUGUAAUUAAAACGAGGUUUCUCAAAAUCAUUAGUAUUAGUCACCUUGGCGUUGUUCUAUGGCGCAAGUUUGAUUUUGUUUUGCAAAAUCAAUGCGGCACCACUACUGUACAGACAUAUUAUUUCGCUACGUUUUUUUUUCCUUUUGUAGUCCUUUAUUAUACUCUUGGUACAGUGUGAGUUAUCGGAUCUUUAAUAGUGGUCUGACGACUAGAGAUAGCGGGAUGGCGAAAUGACGAGCAGCCAGUCCAUCAUGUGGGUAGUUAGGUGUAGUACACAUAUGUGGCACCGCCGCUUAUACCACUGCGCAUAAUCCCCGUCACGCAAACGUGAAGUCGGGAAGCAAUGUCAAGUUCAUGUUUUUUCUUGAAUCUUGACGUCCAGUUGGCGUGCAGCCCGCCAGAAAGAGAGAGAACCGUGCCACUUUUUGAGCGGCAUACUUCUUCAGAAUGAAGCAAAAUUGAAACGUUGCUACUGGUGCUGUACUUCGUAUUAAGUUCGUCCUACAGAAAUGUGUCCGCAUGCCAGCCAAAAAUUUCGCCUUUUUAGGUCUUACUCCCUAAUCUUUAUGGAAUACAUAAAUAUUCCGUGCGAAGUCCACAUGAUUUCUUAUGAAUGCUACGAACAACAUGUCGAGUUACACCGCCGCAUGCAAAACGUUUCAGUAAGGCGAUAUGUAUUCUCACCUCUCAGUCGAAGUUGUCAGUGCUGCGUACGUUUGUGCCAUAGGCGAUAUGUAUUGCGUUUUAUGUGCGAAGUCUUGCUGUGUUGGACGACCGAUGUGGAGAGUUAACUACAUUUUGUUUUGUAUAAAUGCACUGCCAUAACAUUCCUUGGAGUAGAAUAUACUGAAGUCCCUUCAAUCAAGAAAUGUUUGGCACAGAACGAACAACAGGCAAACAAUUCCGAUUGCAGGUUAGCGCUCUACUUUCGAUGUUUGCAGAUGCCUAAGAUUGUACUGGUGAUUAUAUUUGUUCAAAACAGCACUUUUGGGUUCACGAGGCGCGCCUAGAUUAAUAGCUUUAUUAAGGAGGGAACGUUAUCCUAUUUCCUCGUGUGAAUGUUAGAUCGUAACUGCUUUGUGAGAGUUCCAGUGCAACGCUUAGAAAUGCCGUUAUUGAGGAGUGAAUUAUGUUUUAGUUGAUGCUAAUUGCUACCUCGUUCAACUGAACGAGUUGCAAGGUAGGCACGUGUCAUUGUUUACACCGAAAAAUUACACCAUUGCAAUAAUACAUCGUUUUGUUACAAAGUGAUUUUAUGAUGAUUUUAUCUUUUCUCGAAUAGCACAUCUCAUGCAUUGUACUAUAGUGUAGCGCAACUUAAGAAUCAUUAACCCUGUUCAGAAAACUGGUGUUGAAUUUUGUAUACGUGUAUGUUUGUUGAAUGUUACGUCCCCUGUCGGGGGACACUACUCCUCGAGAAGAAAACGGGUUUAUGUGACACGAGAACACUUCGAAACAUUUCGAGCUUUCGUGUCUCCUACACUGCAUUUUUGUUUAGUCAUGCAUCCUGGUUAGGUCAUUUUCCUGUUCUUUCUGUCUUCUGUUUCGAUUCGUCAUUGUUUAUUUCCUCGUACACACCGAGAAGGCGAUGCUCUCGUCUAAAGGAUUGCGUUUUAUUUGAAAUGAAAAAAAUAUAUAGAGUGUGUUCAACUUACUGGGGUGACUGGCCCUGUAGCACACAGAUAUCCACGUGCCACGUGAAUUAUGCCAUUGAAAUCAAAGAUAAAGUUGAUCAAAUUGUUAUUGCCCUUGUACUUACUCUAUUUGACUUGCUGCAAAAUCCGUCAUAUGUCGAGUUUCAAGCUGGCAGUAAAUUUCCUCGUUCAAGUGGCACCCAUGUUUGUCACACCACAGUUAGAAACCUAUUUCUCUGGUAGUAUAGCGUCAACUAUUCAGCUGGAAGUUGUUUAAGCCAUUUAAACGUUUGGUUUUAUGAGCGCAGAUAUGGCAGUCUCGUCAUACUUGCAGUGAUGAGGUUUCGAGGAUCAAAGGCGCGACUCACGGCCAGAAAAUGCAAAACGGAAAUGUGCACGUUGACCACGAAAAAGUGAUUUGAGGAAAGCGAAUUUCUUAGGCUCUCAAGUAGGGUCACUGUAAUAUUGCGGAAACGGCCACGAUACUGGUCCUUGAUCACAGUUAUUGUGACUUCGACGCAUACUCUGCAUCCUGGUACCGUGUGUUUCUAUAGCAUAAAUAAUUAGGCCUCAAAUGGCUCUGUUUUCCUCUCGCGUUUAGCCACAUGGACCUGAAAUGCUCUUAGACAUGUGAACGAAAAUAUGAGCCGAUUUUGCGAAAAUACCUCUAAGAUGGUGAGCACUGCAUCAUCAGCUCAUGGAAUUUUAUUGCGUUCUGCGCCGGCUUACGUACUUUCACUUCGAACAAAUCUGUGUGGUGCCUACUGUGUAUAGCUGAAUGCAGCAGUAUAUUCAUAUUGUUACCUGUCUCGCUAGGGCACUCUAGAUCACUGUAGCUAGGUGUCUCAUAAGGUUGUGUCAAAUAUUUGGUAAUGAAAGCUUCGUGAACAUUAACAGCUGGUUGUCACAUAAGAUAAUAGAAAAUGGCAUCUGUUUUCACAGACACUUAGUCAAAAACUGUUUCAUUGUAGUGUCACUUGUGCAUAUUUUCGUUCAUUAUGAUUGUCUGCACGUUUCACUGGGAAAAUCUCGAAGGGAAGGGCUCAAAUGUUUCACAGUGCACUACUUUACUCUAUGUAAAUGUUUGACGCUUGAAGUAACCACGAAGGGCUGAGUGGCAUUUUUUAGGUGGAAUGAAAGAGGCAUAUCGGUGAAACCAUGAAAGCUGCCUUCAAUCAUGAAUGAUGCUUGGUCGGUGGUCAUACCUAAACUCAGCUAAUAGCUUUGCCCCGUUUUUUUUUAAUUUUGGCAAAUGCUACCAGCCUGUCAUGAGUAGCGUAUGUAGAAUUUCAUUCCUGCAGUUGUUUCAGGAGGUACGUGAUGCCAUAAUUUUGCUGUAAACAUUCCCCGUUGAGGUUGCUCUUGCGAGAACUAAAGCAGGAUAAACGAAAUCGCCAACAUCGCUGAGAUGAGCCUGCAUUCCAUUUGUGCAUUGGUUCUCUUGCGAGAACUAAACGCACAGUCCACAAGCCUUCGGGCAUGUUUUAAGAGCGUGCACUACACGAACAGCUCCGUUCUCGUGUUCCUAUUUUGCUUAGGAGCGGAAGGGAAUUCGGAGGAAGGCUUUCGUCUUGCUCCAUGACAGCACGUGCGCAAUAAGAAAGCGUUCUUCUCAUGGUGACUGCUGGCCGCAUCUAUUCCUUCGGAGCGUAAUUGGAUAACGCACAAUAUAUAUCGUGCCAGCAAAGUGCUGCGUAAUAUUGGCACAUUUGUCACGGUCAGUGUUCGCAUCUCUGUUAUGCUGUAUUACUGUGGUAACUGCACUGAGAUUUGAGUUCCCAAUGUUUUCUUCAGCUUCAGUCAGUUCCGUUGAUGUGGGACGAAAAAUGGUGUUGCGAAGAAGCCAGUGAUGAAAGUUUCCAACAUUUAACUCAACUGAGUGUUGUGAAUUUGUCCCGCGCCUCUCGGGACUCGGUAGGUUCAAGAUCACCAAACCUUUUGGCCCAAAGUUCAUUUGCCACAAGACAAAAAAAUAAAAAAGACUAAAAAGGAAACACGGUAAAACCAUAAAAAAGUUCAAUUGCACAGCUUACUGCGCAAUUGAACGCAUGCUGCCCAAAGAAACAAAUAAUAUACGCACUGUUCAAGUAAAAAUCAAGGACUAAUAAUUUUUGGGGGGCUUGACUAGUUACAGCAGGUAGAGGUGCAGGCCGGGUGCGGCUCGUUUGAGGCAACUGCGACUUGAGACAGGGUAUACAUAUCAUUUUCGGUUUACGUCCACUUCUGUUAGAUGCGCAGGUACCUGCAUUCACGACUGCUGUCUGAAACUUGAGUCAUGAUUUCUUGGUCGAUUUGGCCUGUUGGAAUUUCGUGGCAAAAUUCUCGAAGAAGGCAGAAAGCUGGUGUUUCAUUUUUAGCGCCUAGUGCGAAAAACGUAGACGAUUCAUUAAUGCUCAUUUUCUUGGCAACGCAGCAACACAAUGAUUGGUCGUUUACCCCGGAGUGUGCUGACAAACGUGCGCCUGAAAUCAAGCGCGAGUAAUUUGCCUAAGAUAGUGUUUUGUUUUUAUCUCCUGUGUGGUGUGACUGUGGAUGUGAUAGCUAAGGCUUAUGGUUACACGUUAACUAGUUCUUCAUUUUUGUGCACCUGCGAAUAACUGAGCACACCGUGCUGCCUCCAACUCAUUCAAUAAUGCAUUGCGACUGGUGAUUGCCUUCCUUGGUAUUACUUACAGGAAAUUUGACGCCAAGGAAAGAAAAAAAAAUUAAGCUCUGGUUGUUUGGAUGCUUGAAAGAUUUCCGAGUGCUUACGUAUAGCAAAGGAUGUGUAGUCGGUUCUUUGCAGGAGACGUCAUUUAUUACCCAGAACAGCAGUGAGGUAGCAUUUUUUAUGUGUAUAUUUCAGAAUGAGCGCUUGUGCAGUCGCUGUUUGCCCAGACUAUUAACGUGUUUCUGAAAACUACAGAGAAUGCACGCUUAAGCAUGUUACUGUGUCGUGGCACCUUGCGGUAAGUUACGUGCACGAUUGAUAAAAAGUGCAAGCAAAGUACUAUUAACAGUGUGCGUGAAUCUUUAUUUUGAUUAAUUUCUUGCUUCUGCGCGCACGGUUUGCCAAGGCUGACUUUUCUGUAUUAUAGAAUUAGAUGACAGUGCUUAGUAAGAUGACAGUGCUUAGCAAGUGAGCACGCUUUCGCGCAUUCCCACAGACAAUUGAAAACAGCAGAGUACUCCCGUCGACAAGAUGGAAGGCUAGUUAUCAUCUACAUUUAGCUAAGGGAAGCAAACAAACGGGAUGAGCAUGAUGUAUUGCUGUCAAUAGAAUUACAUUAUCAAUGUUCACAACAUGUUUAUUUCAUCUACAGGGGGAGGAAAGUAGCACUUCAACCAGGGCCAAUGUGUUCCCAAUGUUUACCACAUUGGUUCUACAUUUGGCCACGUUGGAUUUGCAUUCGACCUACAUUGGCUGUUUUCUGUGGCGCGUAGCAAAAAAGACGUGUAAACGGGAUGUCAGGAUCCGUUUUAAUUUCAACUCACGCCUGCGCGAGAUUGCCUUGCACGUUCAAUACGGAGAGUCGUGAAGUCCAUUUCCUCGAAUGUAUCAGUGUCAAUUUGUUUUCCUUCCUCUGCUGUGUAGAUAAUGCAGCAGAUAUUAGAACAACAGAAAGUUGAGAAAACCGGUACGGAAGACAGGAAGCAUACAAAAUUAAGUCCGCAUUCUCAGCCUUUCUGCCGUUUUAGGUUCAACUUCUAGUGAACUCUCAGUGCCUGCUACUUCUUUUCCAAACUACCUGACGAAUCCCACAGCUUCGCCAAAGGCGUUCGCGUUGCCCUUUUCACUCCUUGCGUGUCGUAUUUUUGUACGCGUGCCUGCUUCAAAUCAUGCGUAAGAUUUUGUAUUUUCUUUUCGGUACCAUUGCGAUACCAAAAAGUAUCGCAAUGGGUCUGAGAAACGACCCGUUGUUUUUUUUUCCCUUCUAUCUCGCUCUUCUGCGCGUUUAUCUUUAGCUCGAUACAUUACUCGAUAUUACCCUUUUUUACUCAUAAGAGUCAAACUGUUGUAGAUAAUAUUUAAUAGCACAUGCUCUCGCCUCGCUCGCUCAUUGUCCCUUCUUUUCCAGCUGUCGUCCGGUCUUCAAGCGAACACUAGUACCAAACCUGACUUCCCAUUUUUGAGUUACAAAUGAAGUUAAUCAUGUUGUUAAGCACGAUGAACUGUCUCCACUGGACAAAUGUCAUGGCACCCAUGAUGUGCAGCAGCUGUCACGUGACAGCUGUGCAAUGCUCUGUAACAUAAAACUCACGUGUGUUCACUUGAAAGUAUACGAAGAGCCGCCUGUUGAGAAGGCGUCACAGAGAGCUAUUCCCCCGAGGUGUGUAUGAAAGUUCACUACAAGAGCAAUAAGUUUUUUUCUGUGUGUGUGUGUGUCUGUGUGACAUGUUAUUUAUGAUCUCGUAGUGCCAAUAAAUUAUGACCUAG